GACCUCCAAAGCAGAAAGGUUAGCUUGCCAGGCUGCCAUUUUGUUUGAUCGGAUGAUCACGCAAGAUCCCUUUGUGUCCAGUCUGGUCGUUUUUGAGACAAUUCUACACAUAAGCAGUUAAUCAGUACCAUAAACCGGUAGAAAUGGACAAAACAAACAGCGGGGUUGCUAUGGACGAUCACCAAGCUGUUCAUACUAGAGACGAAACAAGCAGCAGCGAGAAAUUAGACACGGGAAGGCAGCAGAACAAGGAAGGGGACAUUCCACGGGAGGAAAAGUGCGGUGUAGAAUCUGACCACCAGCCCACACGGGGCCAUACAAAGCAAGGGGACACUCUUCUGGUGAAACGUACUGUGGACAAACGCUUUGUGUGUACGGAAUGUGACUACAGGGCAGCCAAAAAGGCUGAACUGUCAAUACACAAAAGAAAACAUACUGGUGAGAAACCCUUCAAAUGUGACCAGUGUGACUAUGCUGCUGCAUGUAAAGGUACUUUAACGAAACACAUGACUAAACACACAGGAGACAAGCCUCUCAUGUGUGGGGAGUGCGGAUACAGGACGACUGACGUGUCUUACUUAACCAUACAUAUGAGAAAACAUACAGGUGAGAAACCUUACAAGUGUGACCAGUGCGACUAUUCUGCUGCACAGAAAAGCAACUUAGACCAACACAUGGUUCGACACACCGGAUUGGACAAGGACAGACCCUAUCCAAUUGCACAGAAAGGAACUUUAGACCGUCACAUGACUCAACACGCCGGAGAAAAACCCUUCAAGUGUAGGAAGUGCGGGUUCAGGACGGCUUUCAAGUCUUCCUUAGCCACACACAUGAAAAGACAUACAGGUGUGAAACCUUAUAAAUGUGACCAGUGCGACUAUUCUGCUGCAGAGAAAUCCAGUUUAGACCGACACAUGACAAGACACACCGGGGAGAAACCCUACAUGUGUGGUGAGUGUGGAUUCAGGACGAGUGCCAGGUUUUCCUUAACCGUACAUAUGAGAUCGCACACAGGUGAAAAACCUUACAAGUGUGACCAGUGCAACUAUUCUGCUCCAAAGAAAGGCGAUUUAGACUCACACAUGGCUAAACACACCGGAGAAAAACCUUACAUGUGCGAUGAGUGCGGAUACAGAACGGCUCACAAGUGUAACCUAACCGUACAUAUGAAAACACAUACAGGUGAGAAACCCUACAAGUGUGACCAAUGCGCCUAUUCUACUGGACGGAAACCUGAUUUGAAACGACACAAGGCUCAACACACCGGUGAAAAACCCUUCAUGUGUGGAGAGUGCGGAUACAGGACGGCCAGCGGGUCCUCCUUAACCGUACAUUUGCGAGCACAUACAGGUGUGAAACCUUACAAGUGUGACCAGUGCGACUAUUCUGCUGCAAAGAAGGGAAAUUUAGACCGACACAAGGCUAAACAUACAGGAGAAAAACCUUCAUGUGUGGUGAGUACGGAUACAGGACGGCUAGCAGGUCCUCCUUAAUAUUAUAACCGUACAUAUGAGAACACAUAUAGACGUGACCAAUGCGACUAUUCUGUUACAGAUAAAAGGUGUGUAAAGAAACAAAUGGUCACACACGCUCCUUGAACAGUUCACAGUUACAAAUACACAGUUCACAGCGCACGCUUUUUGAACAACAACAGUUUGUCGGCUCCAUGAACAAGUAAGCUAGGCCUGCACGU